UGCGCCGUGUGCAUACCAGUCAUCGGACUGAUCGAGUUUCUCAUCUUCAGCUUAGCUUCUUGUUUCAUGGAAGAGCUUCGAUUGGCACUCUUAAGUAAUCAAGCAGAGGAAAAUCUUUUUCUGGAUCGGGUAUUUGAUCUUUUUUAUGAGAAGAAAAAUGGUGUCAUUGACUUUGAAGAGUUUGUACAUGCACUUAACAUUUUUCAUCCUUGUGCCCCUACGGAGGACAAAAUUGAUUUCUCAUUUAGGUUAUAUGAUUUGAGACAGACAGGAUUUAUCGAGCGGAAAGAAGUUAGGCAAAUGGUAGUUGCCACCUUGUUGGAAUCUGGCAUGACGCUUUCAUAUGAAUUUCUUGAAGUUAUCAUUGACAAAACAUAUGCUGAUUCUGAUGCAGACCUGGAUGGAAGAAUCAACAAACAAGAAUUGUUUCCGAGUUUUAUUUUCAACACUGAAGUUGAUGACUGACCAGUUCGGCUCUAUUUCUAGCAAGGGCAGUGUACUUCAGAAAGGCAGAUCAUUCUGCUGCUCCUGGCGGUAUUUUAAUUAGAGACUGUAAUUGUACAUGUAUUCUUUGUCAUUAGAGACUGUAAUAAUACGUUAUUCUUGGAUUUUUUUUAUUUUGAAAGAAGAUAUGAGUCCUUACUCUUGAAAUAAAAGAUUCAGUUGUUAUUAAGUCAAAUAAUUCAAAUGUAUCCAUUCUUGACUUAUUCAUUUAAGGCCUUCUUGUCAAUUUUCAUAUGCUCUGUAUAUUUAUUUGAUUGUCACCAAAUAUUUAUCAGCAUAAUUAUUUGCAUUUUUCAUUUUUCUCAUUUUAUAAGAUGGCAUUUUACUAAAUAUCAUGACCCACUUAUGAAACCUUGGCUUAAAGGCAAAGAAUAUCUUAAAGCUUUGAAAUUCUAGAUUCUAAGUUUGUUGUGUUG